ACACAGCUAUAUAUAAGACUCACAGGACAUCUUAAAAAGCAGAGGAAUAGCAGAAAAAUAAAUGAUAAAAAGGAAGGAGAGAGAGAGAGAUAUAGAAUAGAGAGAGACACAACAGGAAGAGGAGAACAGGAGGAGGUGGUGGUGUGGCCUGAGGUUGCCAUGCCUCCCCCAAGAUCCUAGACGCCAGCUCGAACGCGACUCUUCCUCGGUUUAAUCGGUGCGCCCCUGAAUUCCACGAUCUUCCCCGGCACUGCCGUCCCAAACUCCGCCCCAUUUGCUGCCCAAUUGCAGCUGUUCGAUCGGUUUUUGGAGCCGGGCAUUCCUGCGUGGGAGGCGACGGCAGCGCAGCGGGAGAUGGAGGCGGACGCCGGGAAGCUGUUCAUCGGCGGCAUCUCGUGGGACACCAACGAGGAACGCCUCCGGGAGUAUUUUGAUAAGUACGGGGAGGUGGUUGAGGCCGUCAUCAUGCGUGACCGGGCCACCGGCCGCGCCCGGGGCUUCGGAUUCAUCGUGUUCGCAGACCCCGCCGUCGCGGAGCGGGUCAUCAUGGAGAAGCAUAUGAUCGACGGGCGCAUGGUGGAGGCAAAGAAAGCUGUUCCUAGGGACGAUCAGCAUGCACUUAGCAAGAGCGGUGGCAGUGCUCAUGGAUCACCGGGCCCCAGUCGUACCAAGAAGAUAUUCGUCGGCGGUCUCGCUUCCACCGUGACAGAAGCAGACUUCAGAAAGUAUUUUGAGCAGUUUGGGACGAUCACUGAUGUUGUCGUGAUGUAUGAUCACAACACGCAGCGACCUAGAGGCUUUGGGUUCAUCACGUACGAUUCAGAAGAUGCUGUGGACAAGGCAUUGUUCAAGACCUUCCAUGAACUGAAGGGUAAGAUGGUUGAGGUCAAGCGUGCUGUUCCUAAGGAACUAUCGCCUGGACCUAGCAUGCGCUCUCCUGUCGGUGGAUUCAACUAUGUCAUGGGUAGGACCAAUAGUUUCCUUAAUGGAUAUACGCAAGGUUACAAUCCGAGCCCAGUAGGUGGCUAUGGAAUGAGGAUGGAUGCAAGAUUUGGGCUUCUAUCAGGUGGUCGCAGUAGUUAUCCUUCUUUUGGUGGUGGUUAUGGAAUUGGUAUGAAUUUUGACCCAGGGAUGAACCCAGCUAUUGGAGGUGGCUCUAGCUUCAACAAUAGUCUCCAGUAUGGACGGCAGCUUAAUCCAUACUACAGUGCCAACUCAGGUAGAUACAAUAGCAAUGUUAGCUAUGGUGGAGUCAACGAUAAUAAUGGUUCAGUGUUUAACUCGUUGGCUCGUAAUCUAUGGGGUAAUUCGGGGCUUAAUUACUCUUCCAACUCCGCAAGCUCUAAUACCUUUGUGUCAUCUGGAAAUGGGGGCCUUAGUGGAAUUGGGAACAGCAAUGUGAACUGGGGAAACCCUCCUGUGCCUGCUCAAGGUGCUAGCAGUGGCUCCGGCUAUGGUAGUGGGAACUUUGGUUAUGGAUCCAGUGAAAACAACUUUGGUCUGGGUUCCAGUGCUUAUGGAAGGAAUUCUGGAUCAGGUGGUGUCAAUACUUUCAACCAAUCAGCCAAUGGAUAUGCAAGGAACUUUGGAGAUGCCUCAGGAGGUGGUGGCUCCAUCUAUGGAGACACAACUUGGAGAUCUGCAUCUUCUGAGCUUGAUGGAACCAGCCCAUUUGGUUAUGGGCUUGGGAAUUCAGCAUCAGAUGUUACAGCAAAGAGCUCAGCAGGUUACUUGGGGCAUUGACUGAUAGAGGAAUGAAGCUGCCUAGGAAUCUUUCAUUCACAUACAACAUUUAUCAUAAUAGGUUGAGGAGAGGACUGGAUGUGCAUCAGGUGCAAAUUUUGAACCUCACAUGAUUCACAAAUAUGGGUUAGUUGAUAGAGCUAACCAGGGGAGGUGGUCGAUGCGAUCAGAUAUAUAUCCUCGGAGGAUCUUUUAAACGUAUUUGCAUUCUAUGUAAGGUUUGAGAUUGUGGUUUCGGAUUUCUACAGUGAGUUUAGAUUUUGGCAACCUUGGUUUUUUUUGGAUGAUUAGAUGUGAAGUAAGAUUGCGGGAUAUAUAUAUAUCUGAAGAGUGUUCAGUUGUACUGUGGGCUGCCCCCAUAUAGACCCCCGCCCCCGGUUGGGUUUUUGUUGGUAUAGUAGAAAAAUGCUCUAGCGUCCUUCGAAUCGUGUGCUAGCUGUUGUUAUCAGGAUGCUAAAAUUUUUCCCCUUGGUUUUUUUUUAAUCUCAUUAUCUUACUGAAGUGUAUGUACCAGAUGUCUGGUCUGUGUUUUUCCUAGUGCAACUUUUGAGGGGAUGCCCCUUCUGGGUCCCAAAGAAUAAUAAUGCUACAUUAUAUUCUAAUUCAUUUUGAGGCUUUUUCCAAGGCUAUUUUUGAA